CCAUCAUACUUUCCAUGUCAUCCAAACUAAAGAAAAAGAUUCUACCUUCUCUGCCGAGCUCCACUCUCUCUGCAGUGCGGCCCAAAGUCUAGCGAGUUGUUCAAUUUUGGUCUCGACUUGCAAAGGUGGGAUUUUGUUGAAUUUGACGAUUUUCUGGUGCGGUUCGGGGCCAGUCCGAUCAUAUCUACUCUAAUAUUGUAGAAAAGGCUGAGAAGCAGAUACUAGGGUUGUGCUCGAAUUCCUGUGGCUGGGCGUUCAAGGGUUGUUUGAAAAUGUCGGAAGAUUUUUUAGAGUUUCUGAGGAAUAAAUUCAUUGAUGGCUUAGCGGAAGCAGAGGAUCAAGCGAGACUACUGCCUAUGCAUAGUCAAUUUCAAGGGAUUCGGGACGUUUUGCUUGAAAAGGACAUCACCUCAUCCACGCCUAUCCAAAUGAUCCAAAUGAGAAAUACGCUCUACCGGCUUCUUGCUGUGUACACCGACUGCCUCAUCUUCUCGGAGAAGCACCCAAUCCAAAGCACCAAGUUUCUCUUGCCUUUCUACAAUCUCUUCCACUUCUUGUUUCUCAAAAGAACCAAGGAGGUGCUGGUGCGAAUCACGGGAGAGCUUGGUCCGUAUCCAUGCAUAGAAAUCUCCAAUGGCUCACCCGAUCAUGGACAGGAUCAAGAAAGUCAAAGUCAUGAUCCAGAAAAUCAAAGUCAGGGUCCAGAAAUUUGGUAUCCUUAUGCGUUGGAGAUACGAGGUUUUGAUAGACAAUUCUCAAAAAUCCGAAAUUGGCUUCUGCAAUCUGAUGAGGGAUUCAAGGACAUUGCAAUUGUUGGGAUUGGAGGUUCAGGCAAGACAGCUCUUGCCCGACAACUUUUUUAUGACGAACAGAUUCAGGGUGCCUUUUUCCCCACACUUUGGAUCAGCUUAUCAGGAAAGAUUGAUGCAGACAUAGACUUAAAGCAAGUUGUGAAAGACAUGUUAGUGGAGUUGACUACUGAGCAUGGACAUGAAAAGUUAAGGAGUUGUAGCACUGAGGAGCUGUUGUCCUCCCUUGGCUGUCAGUUGUUGGGUAAAAAGUACUUGAUUGUGCUUGAUGGCAUAUGGGAUGAAACCAGAGAUUGGUAUUUCAGGCUAGGCCAGGCAUUGAACUGGCCUGAUAAGGACUGCAAUAUCCAAUUUGGUAGAGACCAGAAAAGAAAUGGGAAUGCAGUUAUCAUUACUACUAGACUUGAGGAAGUGGCAAAAGGGAUAGUGGGUGAUAAGUAUCUGCAUAGCAUAGAAGGCAUUGGUGAGGAUGAGAUUUGGUCCAUGUUCAAUGAUGCAGUUGAUAAAAGCAAAUUGAAUCCUCAACAGAAUGAUAAAUUGAAGAAAUUGCAAAACGAAAUUGUGAAACAGUGUGAUGGCUUCCCUCUAGGUGUGAAGACAUUAGCUGAGAUCAUUCCAGGCGCAUUGGCUAAGGAUCAUUCCAGUGUCGAUGCAGAACCAGAGAGGGGACACAUUGACUCAGAUCAUUACAGUGCCACACAGAACCAUAGAGGGGACACAUUGACUCAGAUCAUUCCAACUGUUAUUGCUUUUUAUCUAUAUUCACGGCUUCACAUUUAACUUUGCAUCAAAUGUCAUCAGACGUGGAGGUUGGUUUUGUAGUUAAAUUUGAUGCAAGUAUGAAUCAAUAGCCUGUCUGCAAGUAUGAAUCAAUGCCAUCAAAUGUCAUUUAUUUGCUUAUUUGUCCAUCAGGUUUAUUGAUAUUGGAAGUUCUUUAAA